AAUAGAAACUACAUGUAGCUGUUUCUUUCUGAACUUUUAGGUAAAAGGCGAUUUGAGGUCAUCAAAGGCAGUGUGACAAACGGUGGGACAGACGCUUCAUUCAAUGGGGCAAACUCAGCGUCCGAAAGCGAAUUCUGAACAGAGCAGAAGAUGCUACCGGGGGAGAAACAUUCCGGAUUAAGGCUUCUUACAGCAGUGCUGUUGAUAUCAAGGAUCACAUCCUCGACCCUCUUCCUUGAGCGAGGGAGCCGUGGGGUCAUUCCGUGUCCUCCCGUCACGUCCGGACAACUCCCGCUGCAUGAGAUCACCGCUCAGUACUGGUACGUCACCCGAGUGCAAGAUGGAAACCUUUUAAUCUCAUCCUUCAGGGGUAGGGUUGCUCCACAAAACAGUAUCCCUGAGGGUGUCUACGAUAUCGACCGUAACUUUUCUUUGGUCAUCGAAAACGUCACCGACUCCGAUGAGGGGAUCUACUUUUACAAAGCCAAGCCGAGACUGAGAAUGGUCGUCGACGGCCACGUCACCGUGGCUGUCAAAGUUUCUCCUAAGGAACCCUUUCCAGAGGUAACAGAGUGCACCCGAGGAGCCCCAAAGUCUGAAUGCAAGGCAGUGUUUUCGCACGACGUCAUGAAACCGAGGUUGACAUGCUCCGUACGGAACGUCAAGCCAGCUGUGGUUCUUCGAUGGUUUCUCGUAUAUAGUGACGGCGGGAUAGAACUUCUUAGCGAUAGGUUUGAUGUAGAACAGAGUGAGGUUUUGGAAAACACUUUCACGACCUCAACAUCUCUUCCCCUCUCAUCAACCAAAGUGAAUGACAAGAAGUUUAGAUGUGAAGCGUAUGGGGAAGCACUUGGAGCCACGAAUGGCAGUCGUGUGACGGCAACUGUCAUGGAAUAUCCGGUACUCCAAACAACGCCACAUUUAACAUCACUUCAAACGACCACAGCUGUCAUGAGGGAAGCAAUGGGUCUUAUAUCGGCAACAACCGACAAGCCAGACAGCAUUGCAAAUGCUUUGAUUGCAGUCACAGUUACUGCUGCUCUGUCAAUCACUGUCAACAUUUUCUUGGCCAUGGCCAUUUGCAAGAUUAAAAGCACCAGACGAAAAAAUGAAACAAAGAGUAAGAAAGACGCUCAGAAAUUUGCAGAAAAUGAAGAAUUUAACGGCCGUUGUGCUGACACCUCUCAGGACUGCGAGGCUGUGAGACCACUCAAUGGUACCAGAGAGGAAUCUGUGUAGAUGAAGCUUUUGCUUACAAGCACUUGGGCCUACAUUUUUAAUUAAAACCUGGAGCGUUUGGUGCAGAUGUAAGAGAUGUGCCUUGCCCCUUUUUUGUUUACUAGUCCCCUUUAAAAUUUUUUGUUUUUACUUUUGGAGUUUCAACUUGGUUUAGCCCACUACACCUGUGCUUACUGUAGACAGUUAGAUCCCCUUCUUGAAAGUUGAGUGACCCUGGAUGGGGUGGUGCACUGGUCUGGGUGGUGUGGUCCAGCAUGCUUCAGUGCUGUACCGUUCACUACCUAUUCCAACCACCUUGUCUGUGUUCUCUCCAUUUCAGGUAAGGAAAUUUCCUCUCUUUUUGAUAUCAUUUAGAAGUUUGAUGAAUCCCAAUGAUAGUUUUGAUUGUUAAGAAUCUUUUGUUUAAAGUUUGGUUUUUUGUUGGGUUUUGUGAAUCGAGUUUUGUUGUCAGUUGUUGCAUAUCCUCUGCUCAACCAUACUUUUUGCUUGUAUGUAACAUACAGGUGACUCUCGACCAAAAUCUGACCAUAUUCUGGUCCAGAGAGUGCAUUUACUUCUGGAUUUUCCAUUGAAACCAUAUGAUGUUUUGCCUUAGUAGCCCUAGUUUCAUGCAGAUUAUAAUGUAUAGAUUACUUUUAUAUUUGUUUUCCUGAUUGUUAAUUUUUAAUAGUCUUAGUAUCAUCGAGCUAUCAUUUCUUUUCAUUUAGUGAAUCCUAAUUUUACUUGUAGCCUUAUGGUAAAACACUGUCUGACCACAGGCCACAUGGCCCAGUCCCUUGGUGGACAUUCCAGUCCAAUUAGCUUAAAGCCUUGGGGCUUGUGUAGGGUAGCUGGUAGUGGCCAGGCUAGCCUGGGACGGUGUCAUUGAUUAUGGAAAUUGCUGCUUCCCUUUUGCCUGAUUGAACAAGAGGCAAGUGCCAGGCUACGCAGUGUCUGGAUUGUUAAUUUUGGGAAGUUAGAGUCCCACCAGUGUUUAGAGCCUAGAGUCUUAUGUUUUUAUCAAUCAGGGUUUUGUUUGGAUUUGUGAACAGAUUUGGUGCCACUACUAGGGCACGGUCCAGAAGGUUUUUUUAUCAUUCUGGCAUGUGGAGUAGGCUCCAUCUUUAAUUAGACCAGUGACAGAUGAAGGUCCCUGUAUGAGAGUUUAUACAUAUACUUUUUUUUUCUCUUUAUGCUUUGUUUAAUUUUGUAGUAAUGAUUCUUAGAGUAAGUUCUUUUGUUGAUGAGGAUUUGUUGUUGAACAUGCUUCAGUGCUGUACCGUUCACUACCUAUUCCAACCACUUUGUCUGUGUUCUCUCCUUUUCAGCCUGCCAGCAAUCAAGGGUCACAACCCCCCACCCCCAUUACAUGUGUCAGUAGUGGGAUUGUUGGCACCUACAUCAUGGAAGGAGAGAAUGUGGUUAAUGGUGGAGCUGCACCGGCACCUGCAGCCCACCACAUCAGCUUCGUGCCGAUUGACCUUAAGGUCAAUGUCUUUGCAGGGUUGAAGCAGAACGUCAACCCUGCUCCCCGAUGCAGAUCCCCCAGGACCCCUCUCAAAUGCAAAUCCUCCACGCCACCCUUGAGAGGACUGUCCAGCAGCAACGGAAAAUGGCAGAGAUGAUGGCAGUCAUGAGGUUGGAGUUAAACCAGCUUCGUUCCAGUUCCUCAUUUGCCAAUAUAAGGAGACCCCCGCGACUGCAACCCAGAUGGGACGACAAAGGAAACCCGAUCUGCUUGAGAUGCGACAAGCCGGGGCACAUGGCGAAGGAGUGUGACACCAGGCAGCGACUGGCUCCGUUAAACUACAAUGUUCCUGUGUCGAGGGCCAGACACUGGAACACUCUAGUAAGGCCGUCGGGGAUUGCCUCUACAUCGCUGUUGUUCUGGGAGGUCAGGAGGUCACCUGUCUUCUGGACACUGGGUCCCAGGUUUCUACAAUACCAUACGAGGUCUUCAGGGAAUACUUCCAGACUAACAUCGAGGAGAUUAGCCUUGCAAAGCCUUACAUCCGUUUAGUAGCCGCCAAUGGCCUGCAGAUCCCAUACCAAGGUGUGGUAGAGCUAGAUGUGCACUUGAUGGGCCGUCAGGUUGAGCAGGCCGUCUUGUUCAUUCUCAAGCCGACUGAGACCCCAACCAGACCCAUUCUUGGUAUGAACGUGCUGCGGAGGUGUCAAGAUUUGCUUUUCAAGGAGUCAGCGUCUUUCUUUUCAAGAACGAUGCAGACAGAGCCUUGGUCCUGGCGCUCCAGGCCACCAUCUGAUAUCGUCCGUGCAGCCAACCAGCGCCCCAUAGUUAUACCUGCCGGCACAGAAAUGGUCAUCCCUGGGCGAUGCCACCCCUCUUAUGUGCAUGAGAGUGCAGUCCUGAUUGAGUCAACCCCUGCGAAGUUCCUGCCCAAACAUCUCAUGAUUGCCAAGAGUGUCUGUACAACCACAAAGGGCCUUGUUCCUGUUCGAGUAGCCAACCCUAAUCAGUGGGAUGUCAAGGUACACAGUGGAAUGAGGCUAGCACAAGUGAGUGGUGUGACUGAAGUGCUGCAGAGUGCACCAUCUGUGGACAAGCUGGAGCUGGUCGAACUGGGGUUACAUAAGGUGAAAGUGAGUCUUCGGGAGCAGACAGAGGAUGGGUGUAAGAUCACACCACAGGAGCUGCCAGUGCCAGUGAAUGUUGGUCGAGAGGAUUUGACCACAGAUGAAUUCGGGCAGCUUUGCUCUCUUCUUCAUUGACACCAGGAUGUUUUCUCCAAAGACAGCCACGAUUUUGGGAAGACCACCACAGUAAAACAUAAGAUCCCCACUGAGACGAAUAGACCCAUCAAGGAACGGUAUCGGCGAGUCCCCCCACACCUGUACCAGGAGGUGAAAGACCACCUCAAGGCCCUUUUGAGCAAGGGCGUCAUCAGGGAGAGCUCCAGCCCUUGGGCUUCUCCUAUCGUGUUGGUAAGGAAAUAGUGUGGAGACUUGCGUUUAUGUGUUGACUACCGACGCUUUAAUGCAGUCACCACCUCUGAUGCCUACCCAUUGCCCAGAAUUGAUGAGUCCCUGGAUGCCCUCCGUGGCCCCAGAUAUUUCUCCACCAUUGACCUGAUGAGCGGCUACUGGCAGAUUGAAAUGGAUCCCAGUUGACCGGGCUAAGACGGCUUUCACAACUCCUAUGGGAUUGUAUGAGUUUAACAGGAUGCCAUUUGGCUUGAGUAAUGCACCGGCAACUUUUCAGCGAUUCAUGGAGCGGUGUUUUGGAGAUCAGUCCUGUGAGACGCUGAUGUUUAACCGUGAUGACAUUAUUGUAUUCUCUGCUGACUUCACAUCACAUUUUGAAGGGUUGAACAUGGUCUUCUCUCGCUUAGCAGAACAUGGUGUCAAGGCAAAACCUUCCAAGUGUCACCUGCUCAAGAGCUCCAUCAACUUCCUUGGGCAUGUGGCAUCAGCAGAAAGCAUCCAAAAUGACGCGGUCAAAUGUUCAGCGUUGGAGGAGUGGCCUGUCCCAACCUGGGCCAAAGCUGUACGGCAAUUCCCAGGCUUUGCAGGAUAUUAUAGGAGGUUCGUGAAGGUUUUUUCAAAGAUUGCCAAGCCCCUGUAUGCUCUGACAUCGCAGCCCAAGAAGGAUUCCAAGAAGAC